AUGGAAAUGGGGCGUUACCAGUUCAUUGCCUGCAUCGUUAUUUCGCUGAGUCUACACUCUCAGUCGUUUAUUCACUACAAGGAUUUAUUUGCCAAACCUCCGGACAAAGGAAAAGAAGCAGAAAAGAGCUGGAAGAAGUGCAAGAAACCGGGUCAGAUCCGGAACGGCCAAGUCGUGGUGUGGGGAGAUGGACUGCUCCUUGAGUACAUCUGCGACAAGAGCUUCUUCGCCUAUGGCCUCACCCACGGCGGGUGUGACCCCACAACUGGGAAAUGGACGAUUCUACCUCCUGUUUGUGUCGCCAGUGGCUGUCCAGAGUUGCUCCCGCCUCGUCACGGCGUGGUGAACAUCGACAACAACGGCGGUGUCGCCACUUUUACAUGCAAAGCCGGCUACUACGUCCUCGGUUCUGCCAAACUCUACUGCGAAGAAGGACGCUGGAGGGGCAGGUUCCCCUUCUGUGCAGUGAGCGCCAAAUCACGGCCGACAAAACCUCCCCCGACUGGAGUCCCCAGAGCAGCCCUGCGUCACUCGGACGAGUCAUGCUUCCAGUACCAGAUCGACCCACCGACGGUGGAGAACGCCGUGUACACUACGUCGUACGUGUUCAGCAAGUUCCGAGGUCGGUACAUCAUGAUCGCCACAUACAGCUGUGUGGGUGGGUACAAGCUGUCUGACCCCAGCUCAACCAACCUCUACUGUCACAACUCAAGGUGGGGGGCAAGGAUCAGGCCCAAGUGUGUCCUCGAGGACGAUCCGUGCCAGAACGGCAAUGGAGGAUGCUCGCACAUGUGCGUGUCUCGAAUUGGUCGAUACUCCUGCACGUGCAGAGUUGGGUACUCCCUCGGAUCAGACUUCCGGUCCUGUUUUGAUCUGAAUGAGUGUAUCCUCGAGAAUGGCGGAUGUGCACAUGACUGCCACAACACCAUAGGGUCAUUCUUCUGCUCGUGUGGUCCGGGUUUCCUCGUGAAUGGAAAGGGCUGUGUAGAUAUAGACGAGUGUGCAGGGGCGAUGCACAAAUGUCCCGGUCCUUGCGUCAACCUACCCGGAUCUUACAAGUGUGACUGUUCCAUACCCGGAUAUCAGCCCAGCUCGGCGGACCACUUUUGUGAGGAUUUUGACGAAUGUUCAUUAAAUAAUGGCGGGUGUGACGAUAUCUGCAUCAAUCGCCGGGGGUCGUAUCAAUGCCGCUGUGACCGGAAAGGGCUAACGUUGGCCAGUGACCUACAUUCAUGUGUGGAUUUCAACGAGUGUGAGCGUUACGGUGAGAAGCUGUGUCGUCACGGCUACUGUGUCAACCUGGACGGCUCCUUCCGCUGUGAAUGCGAGAUCGGGUUCGAACCCGGUCCGGACGGAACCACCUGUGAAGAUACAAAUGAGUGCCUUAACAACAAUGGUGGUUGCAAUGACCGGUGCGAGAAUCAGUUCGGCUACUUUAACUGUUACUGUGACACGGAUGGUUUCCUUCUGGGGGAAGACGGCUUCACCUGUGACGAUAUUGACGAGUGCGCGAUCGAGGCAGAUCAGUGUGAGGACCAGUGUUUCAACUUGCCAGGAUACUACAGUUGUGAGUGCUUGCAAGAUGGCUUGGUGGUUGCCAAGGACAACAUUACCUGCACAGGGUGCGAGCAAAACGAGUACUACAGUCGGGCAGAUGGAAAGUGUCACCAAUGUCCAGCCAACUCCAUCGUCUCAUCGCAACUGCAGUCGCAAUAUGCCCAGUCUUACACAGACUGCGAAUGUCUGCCAGGGUUUGAUGGGGAUCCCCGAUACAACAUACAUUGUGUAGACCGUGAUGAGUGUGAACUAGGGGAGAUUGAGUGUGAAUAUGGCUGUAUCAACCAGCCAGGUAGCGCCCAGUGUGAGUGCCCCCAGGGAUACACAUCAGAGGCAGACAAAGUCAACUGUGUCGAUAUUAAUGAAUGUGCGGUGAACCAGGGAGGCUGCAACCACAUCUGCAUCAACACGGAUGGCUCCCACUUCUGCGAAUGUGAUGGAGAUGGCUACAUCAUGUUGGAGGACCAACACACCUGUCAAGACAUCAACGAGUGUGAGGACCCUCUCUACUGCUCCCAUGGAUGUGAGAACAUUGAGGGCAGUGUGGUGUGUGUGUGUCCGGAUGGCUACCGGCUUGACCUUGACCUCAGGACAUGUGUAGAUCUGGAUGAAUGUGAAGCCUAUGAGCCGCCAUGCGACCAGAUCUGUAUUAAUUCCUUUGCAUCCUAUGAGUGUGGAUGUCGCAAGGGAUACAAACUGUCUUGGAACAAAACCUCCUGUAUAGAUGUGAAUGAGUGUAUGGAGGGGGAGAGCAUCUGUCAGGAGGGCUGUAUCAACACUUUCGGAUCCUUCAAGUGCGUGUGUAACACCCAAGGUUACGCCUCUGCAGAUGAUGGCGCUGCUUGUAUCGAUGUUGACGAGUGCCAACUGAAUACAACCAAAAACCUGUGUCAGCAAGGCUGUGAAAACCUGCCCGGCACCUACCGCUGUGCGUGUUUCGCUGGUUACCGAAAGGCAGGGGCAACCAAGUGUGCUGCCUGCACCAGGGGAUACUAUCGAGACAAGUCAGAUGUUGGAUGUCAGCGUUGUCCGCCUCACUCCUCCACCGAGGGCAUUGCCAGCACCUCCCUCGCUAGUUGUCAAUGCCGCACCGGAUACGUUGGAGACCCCAGCAACAAAAUCACCUGCACAGACUUUGAGCGCUCAAUGAAAGCCGACAGUAACCUCAAGAGAAUGCACCUUGGUUACGUUGAUGAGUGUACCACCUCCAGCCAUGGCUGUGACCAGAACUGCGUCAACACCAUCGGCAGCUACCAGUGCGGCUGUGACCUCAGAUACUACACCACCUCACAUCACAGGACAUGUAUAGACAUCAAUGAAUGUGAAGACAAUAACUUUGGCUGCGCUCAUCAGUGCGUCAACACCAUCGGCGGAGCUCACUGCACAUGCCCUGCUGGGUACAUUGUGACACAGGAUGGCAAGGAAUGUAUCGAUAUCAAUGAGUGUAUUCGAAGCUCCCCAUGUCAAGAUUUAUGUAAGAACACAUAUGGUUCCUACAAGUGUCGGUGUCGAGGAACUGGACUUGUGAUGUCGGAAAAUGGUCGUAAGUGUUACGAUAAAAACGAGUGUCUUAUCCCGAACAUCUGCGACCACAAGUGCGUGAACCUACGAGGCACCUACCGCUGUGAAUGUAGACCUGGCUUCUACUAUGAUGGAUCCGGAUGCAAAUUGUGCCCACUGGGAACGUUCAGCCCCAAGUUCUCCAACCGACGAGCGUGUGUCCCCUGCCCUGCCAAGUCCCUGACUCUACAGAAAGGCAGCACCACCAUGACUCAGUGUAUCUGUGCACAGGGCUUUGCAGGGACACCAGCAGAGGGCAUCAAUUGUAUGGACAUCAACGAAUGUGACGAGGAGAAUGGCGGCUGUGAACAUCGGUGUAUCAACUCCCCUGGCAGCUUCUCCUGCACCUGUCGCCAGUCCUACACACUGCAGGACGACAAGGAGUCCUGUAGACGUGUAACUUGUCCCACACUGAAGCGCUUCCCCAACGGGCGCAUCUGGCCCCCUGCCUGUACAUCCCCCCUCUCACUCAGCAAACUGAAGAAGGGGACGAUCUGCUCCUUCCGCUGUUCACGUGGAUUCGAGCUGACUGGUCUGCGGUAUCGGAGCUGUCAAGCCAACAGCACGUGGUCGGGAUCCCAGCCUCGCUGUCAAGGAUUAUACUGUACUGCUUUAACAGAACCUAAAAAUGGCAGUGUCCAGCCCCCAGUGUGUCUGACGAACUCUGUACCGUUCAAACAGCGUUGUAUCUUUACGUGUAACAAAGGCUAUACCAUGAUAGGGAAACCGGCAACCAAGUGUAAAGCCAGUCAACGCUGGAGCAAUUCGAAAACCCCCAGAUGUGUGCAAGAAAAACGCAAGAAAAAGUCAGUCAACGAAGUAUGAUGUGAAUUCAAAUGGAACACCUAUCAACAAAACAUGUCAUUGCUUUCCUUGCUUGCAAACAUUAAAAUCAGAGGUUUUACUCUGAUACAAUACCUCUUAGUGUGAAGAUCUUAGGACGCCUCCAGAGAAGGGAACUUUCUCAUCGGCUUCCAUGCGUUCUGAGUUUCUUAGCAUAGAUGAGCAAACAUUCUUAUCAGCUUAUCUGAUAUCUGUAUCUUGAAAAAGAAGUUUACUGGCAUCUAUGGAAUGUAAUCAACAAAGGUUACAUCAUAAUUUCGUUGUGGAUAUUUUUUUACACCCUGUCAUAAUUGAGACCCAAGACUUGUUACAUAUUUUAUAGCUGAAUGCAAUAUUUUAACAUCUCUUAAAUGUUGGUACCAUCAAUCUAUCUCUUCAAGUGGCAUCUUAGAAACUGUUGUUUAUUGGUUGUUGUCAAGGACAUGGGGCUGGUGGUAUGGUAGGAAUGUGAUGAAUGUGACCUGAAAUGUAGGAGUUUGUCGGAUGAUCUGUGAUGAGGAUAUUGUGGGGUCUGGGUGUUUCUCUGAUGUAACGGGGAUUUACAGGACGCGAAUUCCUGUGUCCUAUACACAUAAAAAUUGACAAUGGACGCAACAAAAUUUAUAAGCGCAUCCACAGGUCCAAAUACUUUUUGUAAAAAUUCCAAUCAAGUGACAAUAAGUUAUCACUGAGUUUGCUACUAGCUGGGUUAAUAUGGUAUUACUUGCAAUUUAAUUACAGUAACAAUGUGAUGAUCAUGAUACACAAUACAAUAACAGAAUUAAUAAUAAUAUUUAAGUGUCUGGGACCCCCAUUUUGUUGUCCAGGACCCCUGAAAAUUAAGAGUAUGAGUCCCAGGGACCCUCAAAGACAGGGCUCCAUUUAAAUCCCUGGAUGUAUGUCUUGGUUUGGCUUCCUGAUACCUGAGGUCGAUCUAGCCACACUUCCUGCCCACACAGUUUGGCCACUGCGGCACUCAACACUUCACAAGUAGUUCACCCAUUUGCUGCCACAGACACUCACUACAGACAUACAACAGAUUCUCCUGUCACAAAAUAAAUAUGGGUAGUAUAUAUAUUGUUCAUCAUAGUCAAUACUACUGUCAUUCGGGGAAAGGAGCAGGCUUGUUCAUAAUUAUUUGUUCCAGAAUAAAUGACAAAACGUAACUUGGCCUCACAUUUUACCACACCAAUAACAUAUUUUACAGGACAUUCAGCAGAUUUGCACCACACUGAUUCAAGUCUAGGAAGACUACUUUACUAAAUGUCCAGAAAAAUAUUGUGAAUAUGGUUGGCCCCAAGGCUUCUUGUUAAAACAGAAAUUGAACAUAACUUGCCAUCAUUUCAUAGCAGAGCAAAGAAAACAAAUACUGAUAAAUGUUUCUGCACACUGAUUGUUUAGUUGGUGACUUUCUUGUUCUGUCAGCACUACAAGGGCCCUGCAGUAGAUUCAGGGUAGGUUAUGGAGAAGACUCAUCUCUUUUGCAGGGAUGGCAAUUUUCCGCUGAUCUGCAGAUUUCCGCGGAUUUUAUUUCAAAUUGUCCCAUUGUGAAUUGUCUAAAUCCAUUGAGAGACCCCCAUUUGAUGACACAAUAUUAAGUUUUCCGCUGAAAAUAGAUUUUCCUGUUGCCAUCCCUGCUUUUGAUACUAAUCUUAUCUACAAUAAGUUUAAUACUCCUCAGCAAGCCGAUUCUCUAUUUAUGGUUUUGCCAAAGUCCACACACAUCCAUAAAUAUAUAUUUUUUCUUAUUGAAUGUACCAUUUCAUGAAAGAACGUAAAUGAAAGAUCAUGCAAGAAGGAGCAUUUUCUUUCAAUAGAGCCUCCUCUUGGUUUCUCCUCUAGGUUGCUUCCCAAGGAAUUGGUUUCUACCUGCAUUAACUACAUGUCAUUGAAUUUCAGAUAUUUUAUUCAUUAUGAAAGGAUUUCUUCAGAUUUAUGCUUGAGUGUAAUCAAACAAUCAACAAUAUAAUAAAUAUAGUAACAGUAUAUAAUUUUAUCCUAUUUUACUGUAGGCAAAAUUUCGUUAAAAACGUCUUGAAUGUGCAGGAAUUAUGGACAUCCAAGCUGAAAGGGUUAUUCAUUGAAUCGUCAUUGGGUGUGUCAUGGAUUGAAGUCAUGAUGAUAGUUCACAGUAUGGGUAUAUAUCAAAAGUUUCAUUGAAUAAAAUAUUAAUAUUA